AUGGCGUCUUCUUCCUCCCCCCCGCCGCCGCAGCGCACCUACGACGAUGCCCUCUCACGUCUCGCCCACCUCCAAUCCAACCGCACAAUCGUCAACCUCUUCGGCAACGAUGACUCCCAACACAAGCCUGGUCCCAAAAAAGACCUCAACUCCCUCGCCAUCCCCGAGAUGCUCUCCUGGCUCGCCCGCGCAGGCUACACCCCCUCCUCCCUCGCCGCCACCGGUCUAAAGUGCGUGCACGUAGCCGGCACAAAAGGCAAAGGGUCCGUGUCGGCUUUGGUGUCGUCCAUCAUCUCCCAGUAUCCCUCUACUUCUGGCCCCACUGUAGGGACUUACACGUCCCCCCACGUGCUCUCGGUCCGCGAACGCAUCCAGCUCGACUGCGUCCCGAUCUCGCGCGAAAAGUUCGCAAAAUACUUUUUCGAGGUGUGGGACCGUUUGUCACAAGCAGCUCGCGAGGCCAAGGACCCGGUUUCUUGCGAUGACGAGUAUGAGGGGCCGGGAACGAAGCCUUUUUAUUUCCGGUUCUUGACCAUACUUGCUUUUCACGUUUUUCGGGGAGUAUGA